GCACUAUUUGUUACAGUAAUAAUACACAGCUACCAGCAAACAGCAAACAGAAAAACUCACCAAAUUAGUAUCCAAAACAUUUCUUUACUACGUUUUUAAGUCAGGGGACUCAGUCAAGAUGCCACGCGUUAAGCCCACUAAGAAGCUCGACGUCUUGGGCAACUUGGACCUGCGGCCCGAGGAUGCAGUUGGGGACUACCUCAACUCCAAGAUGCAAGACAAGUUCUUUGUAAAGCCGCCGAACUCAGACUCUGCUGGGGACUCCAUCGAGCUGUUGUUCAUUCAGAAUCAUCGCGAGCAUGAUGCCAUGACCAAGCUGCAGAAGGAGAUGCUGGCCAGUGCCAAGAGGCAGACGGAGCUGAACUCGUCUCGUGUGCGCAAGAUGUACAAGAUCCAGGAGCGCCUGCGAAAGCGGUUCAUCGAGGUGAACAGCUUCAUCAAGGACUGCGUGGACAAGAAGCGUGCGGCGGACAAGACAAUCAACGAUGAGAUUGUCCUACACGGCGAGCUCAGCGAUGGCAUUGAGAGUUUCAAGGGGUCGAUAGGCGAGCUGAAGGCCUUCCGUGAGGCCCUCAAGGCCACCGUUCAGGAGUUCCAGCCGUACGAAAAGGUUUUGGAUGAGGUGGUAAAGGUCUCCGACAUAUUCGUCUCUCCCAAGGACUGCAUGGAUCGAUGUGAUGCCCUAAUGCUAGCACAGGUCGAAAUCAACCAGUUGGAGCAGAAGAAACUCCACGAAAUCGAGGAAAUGCGCAAGAGCAUGGUGAAGGUUACCAAUGAGGCUGCCCUCACGGUGCUGGGCCUCAAAAAUGAUCUUGCCAAGCUGGAGCGCUCCUACAAUCAGUCGAGGGUCUUGUGCCUAAAGUGGGAAAGCAUCCUGGCCACCACCAAGGAUACCAUAACCAACAGCUAUAUGGACAAAGAGCGGAGUCUGGAUGGGGUCAACGUCCUGUACCGCACACUCUGCAAACGCCGUGAUCUACAGCCCAAUGUACCUCGCAACGACGUUGAGAAACAGAUGGAUUUCAUAAAGGCCGAGGUCGAGAUAUUGAUGGGAACUUUGCAAACCUCCCAAGGCGAUAGAAAAUCGGAUGAGCAUGCCGUUGGAGAUUUGACCCUCUGCUAGCCGGGCCAAAUUUUAAUGUUUUCGUUGGAGAUAAAUUCAAAAGAAUACUACAAGAUAUUCAGAAAAAAAAAUUUGUAUUGUGGAAUUGAUAUUAUAUUUUCGUGCUAUAUAAAGAGCAUCAGAUGAUUAAAUACCGAAACAUCGGCAGUAAAAUCACAUACGAAUA